AAAUGCGUGUCCUUUGUUGUACCAAAGAGACUUAAAAUGCUUUGAAUUCUUCACAUAAAAUACACGAUUUAUGAAGAAUGUUUGUGAUUACAUAAAACGCCACCUACAAAAAGUAAUGUGAGAAAACACAAACCUCAGUUAAUCCACAAACCUUAAUUGUUUGUAAAAUAAAAUAUUCUUUUAAAAGAAGUGCUAAAAGUGAAAUUUCAGUAGAAAAAGAAGUUCGAUUCGUGUAAACCUAAAUAUCAAAGUUGCGAGCUGCAGCCGUGAAAUUACGUCUUUCUUUAUUCGCUUGCACAGACGAAAGGUCACGAGGCAAGGAAACGUCAAGAAUUUAUCGGCAGCAGAUUGAGAAUGCCAUCUACUAGGGCACCACCAAACAUUGUGUAGAAUUCGCGUUCCCAGCCUCACAAAACAGACCCUUCGUCGUUGUCGUCGUCGUCGUCAUCGUGGCAGCUAAACAUGCGUAAGAGUGUGUACGUGCCUUUGUUUGUCUGCCUUCAAGCCUGGUCGAGAGAGCUGUGUUUGUGUGCGACAGUGUAUGUAGUGACAUAGAUUGCGUGUACGGAAAAUGUACCAUUCGCACACGAGGAAAAAAGCUCCACCACAACCCUUCUCAAAGUUCGCUCCUUACGCUUGGAGCUAUUAUCAACAUCAACAUCAGAAAGUUACGGCUUGCAUGCUGCUCAAGCACAGGAAGUGCCGUGGAAAAUAGUUCACUCCUUCAAGGUACACCGUUCAGGGUGGGAAAAUGUGAUGGCUUUGGAAAAAUUAAGGUGCACACCAAAAUAAUGUUGGGCGUGAGAAAAAAGAGCUCGGGUAAUUUUAGUGCUUUUGAAGUGCGGUAAAACAGAAACGAGUGUGCAAGAAAAUGGUUUUAGUGCAGCGAAGGCAAACGGUUUAAAGCCACAAGGUGUAUGCAAAAAAAGAAAAAGAUAAUUUAAAACAUCAAACCGAUACGUGUUAGCUUCCACGAUGGAUCAGCAGCAUCCGCUACUGAUCGCUAGCGAAAACAUCCACGACAGUGGCAUCAUCGAGGAUGUACACCAGGAGUCGGAAGACACCGGAAACGAGGAUUACGGCGAUGAAAGCAACCUCGAGUCGAACUUGCGUCGGCGGAAAGGAAAAAUUAUUUCCUGUGUCGAAAAUGCAUCAAGAUUAAUCCGCAGACGUGUGCCUUGUGCCGGCCAUUUGAUGACACCCCGACGGCUAUGGCUGAACAAAAUUCCGACCCAGUGUGAUGUGGUGAUUGAAUUUCCAGAAGAUGCCCCAGAUGAUGCGCUACGGUGGUUGCUAAACAGGAUCAAGGCUAACCCUCCGGAAGGGUUAGGACUGUCGGCGAUGGUACGGGCACACGAAAGCACCAAACGUACCGCAUUCUACAUUACCGCCCCAAUGAAUGUAUUAUUUAAGGCAGCCGAAGAUGCUCGCCUGCCAAAGCGACUGCGAACCGACCUCGGUGGGGCAUUGAAGGAGUUCACCAAACGGGAAAGUCAUUGCUUCGCCCAAUCAAAGGACAACGAGGGUGCCAACAGUCUUUUUACGUCCCAGGAACGGCAGUGGCUCGUGCUACAGGUCCUGCAGGGUCUGAGGGCUGGAACGUCCGAUCUGAAAGCACUGCAAGGAAAAGCUCAGGUGGAGGAAGGACAGAGCAUCGUGGCCGCCUGGCAAGAGCUGGGCCUUAUAACGCAGGUUUUCCCGCUUCACGAGACGACCGCACUGCAGCAACUCCAGUCUAGCUGGGUACGGAAAUUCUUCGCACCACAACCCCUAGACGAUAUAGCGGCAUACUUUGGAGUUAAAGUGGCGCUCUACUUUGCCUGGCUGGGACACUACACCUGUGCCCUAUGCGUACCGGCCGUGCUGGGCACUAUUCUGUACGCUGGCCUUUGGGGUCGAGGACAGACGGCUCAAGACAUUGGACACGUCAUUUUCUCGCUCUUCAACGUCGCCUGGGCGUCACUCUACCUGGAAGCUUGGAGGCGGUAUUCGGUCGAGCUGGCUUUCCGCUGGGGCACUUUGUCAACGCCGCCCGAGCUGCUGGAACCUCCACGGCCACUCUACAAGGGGCCACUCGAGGAAAGCACCGUAACCGGACGGUUGGAGCCGAAGGAAGCACCGGCAUGGCAGCGGCGAGCCUUCCGUUAUCUAGUUAGCUUUCCAAUUAUAGGGCUCUGCCUGGUGUUGGUGUUUAUUGUGAUGUUCCUGAUGUUGAGGCUGCAGGAUUGGCUCGAUCAACACUUACCCUAUAGCAGUGCUGGCCUGUGGGAGUGCAUGUGCAUAGUGUCUCAGGACUGGUGGGAUGCCAAGCUCCCGGAGCAGGGCGUUUUCAGCUGUUUGAGCGUAAUACCGAAGGUCCUGCUAGCCGGCGCCAUUACACUAAUGGACGAAGCGUACUACAAACUCGCCGUCUGGCUGAACGAUAAAGAGAACUAUCGGCUGCAGUCGAAGUACGAAAAUCAUCUCAUCGCCAAGGUGGCCCUUUUCCAGUUUGUCAACAGCUUUCUUUCACUCUUUUACAUCGCCUUUUACCUGCGCGACCAGGACAAGCUGAAAGAGCAACUGGCUGGGUUGCUGAUAUCGCGACAGAUCAUCGGUAAUCUUCGCGAGUCCGCCUGGCCAUACCUGGUGGAGCAAUGGCGCCUGGCGAAAUUAAGCUUCAAAAUGUGGGGUGCGCUCAGCCCAACGCAGGAGCUCCCACCAAACAUUGCGGCCUCCGCUUCCCUCACCUCUACCAGCACCGUUAGUGCUGCUUUGCCUGGCUCAUCGUCGCUGAUUGGUGCCGGCGAUGGAAAGCAGCUGGAUGAAGGCAAAAGCCCGUCCGAAUACUCUUCCUCCUCUACCAACACACCGAAACGAUCGAUCGGGCAAGCUGAAAUAGAAAGCUCCCUGUACAAGUAUGAUGGAACAUUUUCCGACCAUCUGGAAAUGCUAGUACAGAUGGGAUACGUUGUGCUGUUUUCCGCCGCAUUUCCUCUAGCCGGGCUGUGCGCUUUGGCAAAUAAUCUGCUCGAGAUACGUUCCGAUGCCUUCAAACUGGCCCACGUACACCAGCGUCCAUUUGGACAGCGUGUUGCAAACAUCGGCACCUGGCAGAACGCUCUCGGGAUGCUCGGACUGGCAGCUGUCAUCGUGAACUGUGCCCUGAUUGGGCUCUCCGGCCAAGUGUCCCGACUGUGGCCCGGCCUAACGUCCACCCAGACGGUCAUACUGAUUGUGGCGCUCGAGCAUGUCAUGCUUGGAUUACGGUCUGCCUUAACGUGGCUACUGCCGGAGCUACCGUCCUGGCUGGCGGCGGAAAUCGCCCGUGCGGAACACUGUCGACGCGAGAUGCAAUGCAAAGGACCGUCACCACGUCAAACGCCACCGUCACCACCGUCCUCCACUUCCAUCUCGCACCACGAUCCAGAUUUCAACAGCAAUCAGGACAUUUUCGACAAAACUGAACAGUCCGUUGGCAGAUUUCACAUAUCUCCCAGUCACGACAAUAACCAAGACAGCGAGUUAGAGCGUGCCGCCAAGCUGGACAACCUCAGCAUUCAUCCCGUUUCCUCAGCGGCACAACAAUUGCGCCAAGAGCAGCAUCAACAACAGCAGCAGCACCAGCAGCAACAUCAACAGCAACAGCACAAAAACUCACAAAGUAGCUGCGAUAAUAUGGACAUUUUUGCCAUGGACACGCGUGACGUUUCGCCAGAUUCGCCGAUCUCUCAGACAAGCACAGUAUUAUUACGACCUCUUCAAGAUUCUCCUCUUAGUGGUCAAUCUGCACAAACCGUUGCAUUAGAAUCGACACAAACGAAUUCAGGUGCAUGUCUUAAGCAGCCAAGCAUUAAGCUCGCCGACAUACCGCCCUUCCGAGGACAAGCGAUGAAGCACAGCUGUAGUAUUUACGAUAAGCGAAGCAUCAACCUUGGUGAAAUUUCGCAGAGCCCUCGGGUUGCCUCGAAACCGAUCCAGAUUCCAGAAAUACCACCGUUCCGCAACCAGGCACACUCCACGAUGCACUCGCCCGUCAAUCAGAGCCCGCAGAAUCCCGCACACAUGACGUCCGCCAAUCCUUCGCCACCGCGGAUCGCCGAAAUUCCGCCCUUCCGGCCACGCAACCGCUCCAAGGAAUGGAUGCCCAACAUCGAGCAUACCGAGCACCAUCUCACGAUUGGCCCUAGCGGAGGAGCCGAAUGGGCAAAACGCUUGAAGGCAGCCGAUCCUUCCAUCAUUCACAGAAGUACCGACUGUAUUGUAGCGAAGCAGCAGGAACUUGCUACUGGUUCGGAUUCGGAGCUGCUCAAACCGGCACCAUCCUGGACAAAUGUGGCGAUCAAACCCGGUGAUCAGCAAGCGGGUACAAGCAACAGUGCCCCAUCGGUAAAAGCCCCAACCGAAGAAGAAGCCAAAGCGGCUGAGCUUGCUGCCAAAAAGUCUCGCCUGAAACAGAGCCUCGUAAAGCGUGCCCGCUCGGUUGCCAUUUUCUCGUUGAAGUUGAAAGAACAGCGUGCGAAAAGGGCGGAAAAAAUGGCUCUUGAAGCAUUGGAAGCUUUACCGGCCCCACCACCCGGUGGCGAACUGUCACUGAUACCGAUCGAGCAGCUGAUCCAGGUGGAUGAUGUCUUAAGCCAACGAAAUCAUGGUAGCGGUUCCGGUCACAACAAUGGCCACUCGUAAAACGGCACCAGCACGCGCUUCGUCACUGGACGUAAAUUGUACUGUACAAAACCUACCCUGAAGAUAUUCAUGUUUCCAGUUUUAAAUCUUGCCUCUUAACGCUAAUACCCCUCACAAUGGCUGACUUCUUUCUCUUUCUGAUAGUAUGAUAGCGAUACUGCAGCUAGUGCAAUACCUUAGUGUGUACCAUCCUGUUCGGUACGAUGUACAAUUAACGGUUUAGUUCGACGUCUAAAAGUGUAAAGCACAAAUCUACACCUCAUUCGCCAUGCUUACCAUAACAGUUACCACGAUCGAUGAUCAGUACGAGGAGGAAAAUGGUGAGAUGCAACAAUGUUGUAACGAGCUUUACUGCUUAAUGAAAGUUUCUAGUUUUUUAGCUUUACUAAAAGUAGUACACGAGCAGCAUUUGCAGAGAGAACCGAAAAACAAACAAACCCGUUUCUUUAGACGACAAUAUUCAUUAAAUCAACUUUAGUUUCUUGUGCUUACAACAGCUUCACAUAAAGUACAACUCAUAACCAAGAUUGAGAUACUAACAUAGUUGUGAAUUAGAGUUAUUUGUAUCCUUACAUAAAGCAAAAUGGAAGCAUAUAUAUAUUGUGCAAGCUGCAUUGUUUGCUGCAUUACAAUCCGUAACCAUGUAACUGCCUUUCGGUUUGCCGCCGUAUGGUUAUAUUUAUUGGAGUUGUAGUUGAGCUUUAUUUACAGGACGUAAUGGGUAUGCGCUUUAAUAGGAAGGAUUGGAAAGGUGGUGCUCUAUGCAGAACAAAUAAUCAAUCAAUCAAUUCAAUGUUGCGUACAUACUACAUUUAAGUGAAACGCAGCUAAAGCUUUAGUAUUAGCAUUAGGUUUGAGCAGUAGGUGCGCCAGUACAGCAGGAAAAAAAACAUCAUGCAAAACCACUACAACCAUUACCUACAAAUGUUGCAAUGAUCGUUCGUUUUGCGAGCUAAGUGAAUCGCUUUUGAGUACAAAAGAAAACAACAAACAUAAAACGACAAAAAACUAAUCACAACUCCAUGGAAACAGCAAUCCGUCUUGUCAAUUAGAACACAAUGCACACGCCCGUCCGGGAGCGGGUUCGAUUUUACGGAUAAUUCACUAAAAUUUGGGCAGCUUUUUACAAAACGCCCAACAGUAAUCCACCCACAGGCAACAUAAAUCAUACAAACAAAGGCAAACAUAUAUACAUAAUAUUUGUUUAAAAAAUACCGAUAGUGAAGCAGACGGGCUCGAAUCCCCAAACAAUUAUUAUCGACAACGGAUAUUAAAAAUUUAAAUGGCAUCGAAUCAAAAAACAAUUUUGAAGUAGAAGAGUUUGGAAAGCAUCCAUUUUAACCGAGAUCCGGCGCGCAUGCAAAAUCUAUAAAUCUUUACCACCAUUGUGAAAUCGCUCUUCAUCGCUAGACAUUACUUUAUGCAGCUGUUUCUCUUUCAACUAGGCCCUAACACCGUUCGCUAUCUCUUGCAACACGUGCACACACUCAUUCUAUCAACAUGUAAGCAACAGGACAAAAAUGUAACAAAUUUAAAAAAGCAAACCCCAAUCUAGACGCAACAAAAUACGAAAACAAUUCUAAACUUCUCCAAACUUUGCUGUAAAAUAAUCAAAGCGAAAUGCUGCUACGUUUGUACAGUUACACACAUACAGACGCUGUUUUGUUUGUUGAUGUUGUAAGCAACGCAUUUAAGGGCCUGGCCGCCGUUACGAUUGUUGCAUUCUUACAUACGUAAGGAAUUUAAUUCAACAUAGAAUGCGGGUGAUACAGAUCGAUGGAAAUUACUGGUAAUUGAUGGCAAAUCAAGAAAAUAAACCAAAAACCUUAAACAGUAAGGGAAAAAGUCGAAGGACACAAACAGGAUUGUUCGGAUUUUUGCAUACAGCUUCCGCUAACGCGUUCGAUGUAUGGAACGGUUAAGUGUGCGAGUGAAAUCUUUAGCAGCUGUUAGCUAGAAGGAAAUUGACAACAUGCGUCAACCGAGUACAGCUUUGAGUGGUUUUGUUUGGUUUUGAGCUUGUUAGUGUAAGGUAAAUAGGGGCGGCCACUUCCCGCCAUAUGUAGAGCUUCGGCGGGAAGAUAAAGAAUGGCCGUGAUCAAUGGUGCGAUCAAGCUGUACAAAUGGAGAAAAAUGCAAUGACUGUAGGCAGCAAAUUGAUGGCGAUUUAUGAUUUGAUGAACGUUUUGCAAACAAUGACGGCAGUGAGCGGAUCAGGAGCAGAUCAGUGCUAGUCACAACGGGAAAUCAAUAAAAUAAUACAAACAGUGAUCUUACACCAUGUUAAUGUUUCAUGAAACAGCACUAAA